CGGAGCCGAGGAGGCUGAGCCGGCGCUCGCCGGGAGGAUGGAGGCGGCCGUGGAGUGCAGCCUCCCGGAGCCGGGCAGCCAGGACUCCCGGGCCGGCGACGACAUCGAGAUCGUCGUCAACGUGGGGGGCGUGCGGCAGGUGCUGUACGGGGACCUCCUGAGCCAGUACCCGGAGACCCGGCUGGCCGAGCUCAUGGGCUGCUUGGCGGGGGGCUACGACACCAUCUUCUCCCUGUGCGACGACUACGACCCCGGGAAGCGCGAGUUCUACUUCGACAGGGACCCGGACGCCUUCAAGUGUGUCAUCGAGGUGUACUACUUCGGCGAGGUCCACAUGAAGAAGGGCAUCUGCCCCAUCUGCUUCAAGAACGAGAUGGACUUCUGGAAGGUGGACCUUAAGUUUCUGGACGACUGCUGCAAAAGCCACCUGAGCGAGAAGCGCGAGGAGCUGGAGGAGAUCGCGCGCCGCGUGCAGCUCAUCCUGGACGACCUGGGCGUGGACUCGGCCGAGGGCCGCUGGCGGCGCUGCCAGAAGUGCGUGUGGAAGUUUCUGGAGAAGCCCGAGUCGUCGUGCCCGGCGCGCGUGGUGGCCGUGCUGUCCUUCCUGCUCAUCCUCAUCUCGUCUGUGGUCAUGUGCAUGGGCACCAUCCCCGAGCUGCAGGUGCUGGACGCCGACGGCAACCGCGUGGAGCACCCGACGCUGGAGAACGUGGAGACGGCGUGCAUUGGCUGGUUCACGCUGGAGUACCUGCUGCGCCUCUUCUCCUCGCCCAACAAGCUGCACUUCGCGCUGUCCUUCAUGAACAUCGUGGACGUGCUGGCCAUCCUGCCCUUCUACGUGAGCCUCACACUCACGCACCUGGGCGCGCGCAUGAUGGAGCUGACCAACGUGCAGCAGGCGGUCCAGGCCCUGCGGAUCAUGCGCAUCGCGCGCAUCUUCAAGCUGGCGCGCCACUCGUCCGGCCUGCAGACCCUCACCUACGCUCUCAAGCGCAGCUUCAAGGAGCUGGGGCUGCUGCUCAUGUAUCUGGCCGUGGGCAUCUUUGUCUUCUCCGCCCUGGGCUACACCAUGGAGCAGAGCCACCCCGAGACCCUGUUCAAGAGCAUCCCCCAGUCCUUCUGGUGGGCCAUCAUCACCAUGACCACAGUGGGCUACGGUGACAUCUACCCCAAGACCACUCUGGGCAAGCUCAAUGCGGCCAUCAGCUUCUUGUGUGGGGUCAUAGCCAUCGCCCUGCCCAUCCACCCCAUCAUCAACAACUUCGUCAGGUACUACAACAAGCAGCGGGUCCUGGAGACAGCCGCCAAGCACGAGCUGGAGCUGAUGGAGCUCAACUCCAGCGGUGCGGGCGAGGGCAAAGUGGGGUGCUCCCGCAGCGACCUGGACAGCCUGCCGCCGGAGCCCGCCGGGGAGGAGGGGCCGAGCUGGAGCAGCCGGCUGAAGAUCUCCCACAGCGACACCUUCAUCCCUCUCCUGACCGAGGAGAAGCACCAUAGGACCCGGCUGCAGAGUUGCAAGUGA